AAAAAGAAGAAGAAAAAGUGCUGUGCGGUGUGGUGUGGUGUGCGCGUGUGUGUAACGGUGAUCCCCGAAAAGCUAUGCAGCUGAUGACGUUCAACUCACUGCUCAUGUUCGAUAUCGUGUUCAUCUUCUUCCUGUUUCUGGUCGGGGUUACCUGCCUGGUGUACUAUCUGCCGCCCCGCGAGCUGCCACCACCACCACUGGUGCCGUCUGCAGCGAGCGAUCACAACGACCACCCAACGACCACACACACCACCGCGGCAGGUGGCACAAUUACCUGUGCCCACCAUCAGCAUCGUCGCCAUCACCAGCAUUUGCAUCAUGGUUGCAUCGAACGGUGCGGGCAUCGAUCGCCGGUGGCCGGCGACGUCGCCGUCGCCCCAGCCGCAGGUGGUAUGAUGGUGCAGAGUUGUGCGGCGGCCGCCCGAAGAAUCUCGGGCGAGGGCGGCACACCGGUACUGGUGCAAAAUGAGCGUUCGACCACCGCCGGUUCAUCGCCGUCCGGAAACCCAAUGGAAUCCGAUUCUUUCGGCGCUUCGCAGGGGCGACGACUGGAGCGACCGCUACGGUUGGAGUGCUGCUCGGUCGCCGAUCGCCAACAGGGCGGUACCAGCGUGGAAACACCACCACCAGCGUAUCACGAGCAGCGCCUGGAGUUGGGUUGCUGCAACUCCAACCAGCCGGGACAGCAGCUGCAGUUCGAGCGAUUCGUGCAGAUCGAAGUGGACAGCAGUAGCAUUGAUGGUGGUGGUGGAGUAUCAUCCAAGGUUGCUGCUGCUGCUGCUGCUGCUGCUGCAACGCCUUGCUGCUACGUCCGAGCGAAAGCAAGCGACAUUAAGGAGUGCCACGGACCAAUUUGUGACGUGUAGAGAUAAAGAAUGCAUACUCGACAUUCGCUGUUGUUGCAGUACCCAGUCUCAUCGUCUUCGUUAUUGUCAUCCGAGCAGAGAAGAGAGCCGCAAAUCAUUCCCGAUUCUUACCACCACCGUUACUAACAAUCCAUCGUCGUCACCCCCCACCCCCCCUU